GGUAUUUUGACUUCAUCCAAAAAUGCGUCGGCAUGUUUGGGGACUUACGCAAAAGGCGGAAGUGGGGAGGAGUGAAUCACAAAGUCGACGCAACACACCCACCGAGCAGAUCCCUGCGUGUUCGUACAAGACUUUUAUCUGUCACAGCAGUGUAACGGGCUGUACCGUUAUAAACCACAUCCAAGGGGUGUAAUUUUAAACUAGGGCGUCAAUAUAUUGAUGAUUUUACGAUAACUUUUGAUUUUACAUUCAGGCUUCGAACUCGCUACCUAAAAGCGGGGUCUUUCACUUCAUCGUCGCGACUCUCAGAACUUACUUAACCGAAACUGUUUAAAAGUGACACUCCCGCGUGUAAAUGUGAUAAUUACUGACGCUUCACCUUAGUGCUAUAACUUUGCUGCUCUGAGUCAUGCUUUCACCCGAUUGGCUGUUUGACAGGCGCGUGUGAAAUGGGCUGUGAGGUGUGUCCAUUCUGCGGGAAAACUUACAAAAGGUUGAAGAGUCACUUGCCACAUUGCAAAGCAGCUGCUGCCUCUAAAGCGCCACCAUCCAAACCAGAUGUCACAGCAAACCAGACAGCAUCGUCUUCUCAGCUGGACUCAGUUUUGUCCAGAGAAACAACAAAGGGAAGGAAGUCAUCGUCAUCAGUCAUAACAGAUCUACAAGGACAGACGCGUAAAAGGGACACAGCAUCAGGACCAUCAAAUGCGACAUCUUCAUCACCACGAACAUCAUCAUCCAUGACAUUACUUUCACCAACUACGAAGAAGAAACAAAAGCUGGUUGAUCAAAUAAAGACAAGCACCCUUUUGUUAUCUCCAUCUCCAGCUCUGCCCCCCACCACCUCUAAACCAAAAAAGAAGAGUCUCCGUGCAUUGAUAGAAGCUGCCAAGUCUGACCAAAUAACAAAGGAAUCACUAAAGGUGUCUGAAACAGAACCAACUCUAAGCUCCAGAACCACAGCUCAGACAGAGCCCAAAACUAUCUCAGGCAAAGACUAUGCCCAUCUGUCUGCAGACGCUAAACCCAAAGAUGCACCUAAGAAGAUGCCAAAGACAAAGAAGGUUAAUCAGAUGCUUUCCACAACCAAACAGAGUGAAAGUAGCACAAAAUCCCCAGAGAAAAGACACAACUUUUGGGAGGAUGGCAAGCAGGAGAUUGAGGAUUCAUCCAUGAAUAAUUUUGUUUUGAAAUUAGGAAAUGGCCACCAGGCAAAGAUCACCCUCCAGGAUGUUAAAGCCACAUUAGGCCGAGCUAGACCACCUCGUCAGUCCAGCAGGCCGGGCAUCCUGAGUCAAAUUCAAACUAAUGACAACCUGUGCAGUAAAAUCGGAGUCGAUACGGGUGUUGGACCAGUUCCACUUUUAGAAGAUAAUCAAAAGUAUGUUGCAACUCAGUCUGAUGAGCUGCUGAGCACUAGCCCACAACAUGCAGGCCUAAAAUCAGAUAAGAAAAUACCCUCAAAGACUAAACAACUGGCUUUAGUCCCUCUGCGAGAUGUGCCAGAAUCAACCCCUCCUACAGCUCCCUUCCUGUGUGCGUCAUCUCAGCUGUGGCAAGCUAUGCCUCCUCCAGUCAACCUGAAUGAGGGGCUGAAGGUGAGCCAUCACAUGACAGGCCUCCUCACAAAAUCGGCACCAGUGGGUCAGUUUUCCAGCCUUCUUUCCCCUCUUGUAUCACAAAGUCUGCCAGUGAAGGUGGAGACAGUGGAGAAGCCCGAGGUCAGGAAGCAAAGCACUGCUGAAAAUCCAAACGAAGGAGCUCUGACACACCGGAGUCUUGGACAGGUGAGACUGAGGGAAUUACCUAAAUGGCUGGCCUGCAAAACCCCAAGCCAUCCAAAAGAUGCUGUGGAAAUGUUGCAAAGAGGCUGGCAGUGGUAUUACAGGCGGUAUAUUGAUGUGAGGAAAGGAGGUGUAGGUGGACUGGGCAUGUUGUUAGCAGGAUACUGUGUGCUCAGCUACAUCUGGAGUUACCGCCACAUCAAGCUUGAUCGCUGGAGGAAGUAUCACUAAGGGUCAAGGAAAGAUACUUGGAGCAGCAGCAUUGACAGAGAAAAGAUUCAGAACUUCAGGACUCCAUAUGAUGAAUUUGCACAGCAUUUAUAACUGAGAAAUUGGUACCAUUACUUAUAAGCAUGUAAGCCCUUCCCUUCAGCCAAUUUUGUGUAUUCUGUCACCAGCAUACAUUGGGAGCACUAUAUAGUAUAUAAAUGAUAAAUAGUGAAGCAAGUGCAAAAGUGCCUUAAACUGAAUUCUUUGUAGUGACCACAAGUGUACAACUCUUCUGGUUGGAAAACAAGUACAGGUGUAUAGAAGUCUAUGUCAAUUCUCCAGUGAGUUUAGUCUCAGUAGCUAGUUUCAAGCUUGAUUGAAUGCUUAUUUUUUGAAUUAACACCCCCCCCCCACUUCCCAAUUGCAGUAAAACAAAGCAGGGUUGGGCGGGGCAACAUGUGACUGACAGGUCACUUCCAUAUAAGUGUACAGUUCCCCCUCAAUUCAACCCCAGAUCCACUCAUGACAACAGGACAAAUGCUCAGCUCUAAGCUUCACAUUGGGACUGCGUUGACUUCAUAGUGGUUACAUCAGAGUUCCUCUAGAAGCAAGUCUUGCCGUUAGGUUCUUAUUUGGGCAGUUUCAUUUCAGUGGUCACUGGGACCUAAAACUGCAUGUGUGGUAUCACCAGUCAGAUCUGAUAAAACCGCCUUAAUCCUGCUGACUUUUCCCCAAAAUAAACCUUUUUUGUUCCCCUGUUUGUCCCACUACCUUGUUUGCUUUUGCAAACAAGCAUAUGUUAUGGAGACAGACUGCAUGAUUAUGAAUUUUCCUAAUUAAAUGAAUUACAAAUGAAUACAAAACUAAAACAUGUAACUUUCUAUCUCUAGGUGACUAUGAUAAGAGUAGUUUCAUUCUUAUCUGUAUAAGGUUUCUAAAAUGAAAGCUCGUCAUGCUGCAUUGUAUUAUUUUAAAAUGCUUAUGUUUUUGUAUGUUUCUUUAAUUAUUACGGUCUUAUUUAUUUCAUGGAGAAAAUGUGUUUUUUUUUUAAAGUAUUUCCUUUUUUAAAAACCCAGCUUUUUUGAGUGUCAAAACAUUUUUCCUCAUCAGUGACCACUGUGUGUUCCAGACCUCCACUAGCUGUCACUGUUGGGUUAUGUUACUUGAACCAAAGGGGGCUGGGCAGUCUGUCUGCUGUGCAGUUUUCUCAGUUCUUUUGUGUAGAGGCAUCGGUGCUGGAGUCCAUAAAAGGAUUAAAAAGAACCAACAGAUUUCUAACUUGAUAAAAUAUUACUUUGGCAGCCGUGAUGCAGAGAAACAUGAAAUCUAAAUGUCAUGACAUCAGUAAAAAGAUCAUAUCUGUGCAGCAGAGGGUAACAAAUCUGGUUUUCCUUUGCCACUGCUUCCUCUGUCACAUGAUGUGAUUAUGCAUGCUUAGUCCAUCAGUGCCAGUGUGUGAACCCUCACAGAAUAGCAAUGGAGGGAAAUCGAAGGAGGUUCUCAGCCGGACUGGACCAGUUCCUUGUUGUACACAAAAUGAAUUUAUUGUUGAAUCACCUAACUGCUGUAGUGAACACGCAUUAGCUACAAAUAAAGAAACAACAGCAUUUUUUUUUUGUAAUGACUUUACUGACACUGCUUCUUAGUCAACACAAUAAAAAAUAAUUUUCUUAAGUUUUUGCUUUACAUUCUCUUUUUCUUCGUACAAAAAUUAUAAAUAUUUUGUGUCUAACUUUUUUUAUACAAAACAACAAACUAUACAAAUCAAAUCGGACAGAAAAACAGUGAAAAUGAAGGCAGAAAACGCAUCUGCACAAAAAAAAAAAAAAAAAAAUGAUGAUGAUGAUAGGGGAGAAAAAGCACAGUUUGUUCCUACCAGGCUCUCAAGACCAUGAUAUGCAUUCUGAUAACACAAUGGUUUACAAACACUGGGUAUGUCCCUACUUUGAAAGCCUAAAGUGAACAUCCUUGUAGAUAUAAGUGCUAUAGAGGCACAAAAUCUUGUAGCAGUCGCUUGGAGGAGCAAAUGCAAAAUCUCACUUGACCCUCACUUGUCAUUUGAGAUUUGCUUUCAAAGCAAACAGCCCAGUUUUUCUCGGAAAGAAGAGGUCUGCAAGAGCUGAGGCAGAGAUGCAGGCAGGCUGCCAUGGCCACUGGCACUUAAAUUAAAAAAAAGGGUCCUCUAUCAUCCCAUAUGAAAGGCCUUCAGUCUGUGUGUGUAGUCUAUUAGCAAGCAUAUUUCACAUACAUGUUCAUAGGAGAAAGGUGGUACUGUCCAGAAUCAACCCUGAGAGCAUUUAAUGCAUUUAAUCAGGGCUUUUGUGUUGUUGCAAAAACAGAAGUAGAAGGACAUUAUUUAGGACUUUUAAGUCUUGGUUCAAUAAAACAAAAACAUAAUCUUUCUGAGUUCAGAGGAAACACUACAAUUUUCUUUUUUUAAUAAUUAGCCACAGAGCUGGUGAGACAAAUGAGGGGGAUUCUGGAUGAGACCACAGUCUCUCCUAAUAAUUUUGGUUGUGCUGCUGAGAAGAAAAAGAGAGGAAGUGUGAGAAAACUAUCCCAGGGAGCUAAGAAAACGCUUGGCAAUAAAGUCAAAAGUAUGGCAAUCACACUACCAAACUACAGGAAAUCAGUGUGUAUGGUUGCCAAUUAACACACACACACACACACACAUUGACGUGUCAGGGUAGUAAAGCAUAGAGAGAAAGAUAUGAUUCAUAUAUAAUUAUAUGCAAAAGGCAAACAAACAUACAUACAAUCAAUGACCCUCCUGGGUCAUUUAAACUGCUGACAGUAUUGUCAUGUUCUCAACGCUGGGGAACACAUAACAACAAACAAAAACAGUCCUGUUUCUUUCAAUGUCAUUUCAAAAAAAAAAAAAGUUCAGCAAAUUUAACAUCUCUUCCUCAAUCUGAGGACGUAGCUCCACAGACACAAACUCACUGUGAAAUGAUGAAGGUGGCAGAGAUCUACAGAUAUGUCCUGUGUCUGUGUCGGGACUUGCAUACCUUUAAGGUACAAAAGAAAAUGAAAAAGGUGACUUAAGCACAAAAAAGCACUGUAACACUACCACAUGUGUCAAUGGGACUAGUUUAACUGGCUUCUAGUGUGAUUAAGAGGUUGUCCUUGUUACAGGCAGCCAAAAACACAAAAGCAGGCAAAAAGAUUUUGGUUCUCUUCAAAGUGUCCAUCUGGUUCAGCCCAGCAUACACCGCAUAUUGACAACAGCCUUGUGUUUAUAUAGUUCCUGAAAUAGGCCACAGUAUGUUUAGUGCAACUUGCCUGUUUGAAGGUAUCUCUACUGAGCUUAGAUGUGAGGAGAUCUACACCUCUCAACCAUGAACUACUUGUACAAAAGCAACUGUUUGCGUGCUUUGAUGUAGAAAGAAUAGAAAUAAAUGGAUUUUCUGAUAUUUAGAGCUUCUUCAUGUAAACACUUCCAUAUAAAAACCUAGAAUUAGGCACAGAGUCCCUCCUCCUCAUCUCUCUUGUUCGGCAUAGGUAGUG